AUACCUGCAAUCCGCAUUCCGCAUCUUCGCGCUUCGUUUCUUUCCACCUCACCACCUUCCUUACCUCGCCGCAAACUUCGACGACCCGAACUAGAUCGGAACUCGACCAGACAUCUUCCACCCGCCUUGUACAUACAUCUAUGCAUUCACACCACCGCCGAAUCCGUGACGGCACUGCAAACGCGUAGCUAGCUCACCAUCAUGGCCCUUACGAUUUCACGAGACACCUGGAACCGCCAGUCGCAUGGCCCGUCGCUGAACGGCGCAGUCCACAAUGUAAGUCGCCAAUCUGCAUCGCGCAGCUGCGCAUCUGCACCAGUGUUUGCGCAGUGCAUCUGGAUGCAUAUCUUGCUGGCAGCAUGCCCGUCAAAUCGGCAUUGCCCCCAUCAUCGCAGCUACCUGCUUGCCCAGUUCAACACUUGCCUCUAGGUCUGUCUUCAGUUCAAACAAACGACCGAACACACUCGCGCCGCAACAUGGAUUCAUUCACUUCUGUUGAGCCGGACUUUGUAUUGACACAUGCUCCACAGGCCAAGGUUCUCAUGGUAGGCGCCGGAGGCAUUGGUUGCGAACUUCUAAAGAACCUCGUCCUCUCGGGCUACGGCGAAGUCCACAUUGUCGAUCUCGACACCAUCGAUUUGAGCAAUCUGAACCGCCAGUUUCUCUUCCGAUACGAGCAUAUUAAGAAGUCAAAGGCAUUGGUGGCCAAGGAGGCAGCGCAAGUCUUUAAUCCGAACACCACGAUCGUCGCCCACCAUGCGAACAUUAAGGAUGCACAGUUCAAUAUCGAGUGGUUUCGCGGAUUCACUAUCGUCUUCAAUGCGCUCGACAACCUAGAUGCAAGACGGCACGUCAACAAGAUGUGUCUGGCGGCCGACGUACCUCUGAUUGAGAGUGGCACAACGGGAUUUAACGGACAGGUCCAAGUCAUCAAGAAGGGCGUGACGGCAUGCUACGAUUGCACGACCAAAGAAACCCCCAAGUCGUUCCCUGUUUGCACCAUCCGAAGCACACCGAGCCAGCCCAUCCACUGCAUAGUGUGGGGCAAGAGCUACCUUUUGAACGAGAUCUUUGGCGUGAGCGAGGACGAGUCCGCUUUCGAUCAUUCAGAAGAUGCCGAUAACGCGAACGAAAUUGCCGAGCUCAAAAAGGAAGCCGAUGCCUUACGAAAGAUCCGAGAUUCGGUGGGCACCGAAGAGUUCCCGCAGCUGCUAUUCGACAAGGUAUUCAACGCAGACAUCACACGAUUGCGCUCUAUGGAGGACAUGUGGAAAUCAAGAACGGCACCCGAGCCAUUGGAGUACAAAACGUUGAAAGAGGAGGCUCCUGUGGUGGAUGAAGCAUUCCUCCAGAACGACCAAAAAGUCUGGUCUUUGGCGGAGAACCUCGCGGUGCUGAAUGACAGCUUGGAUCGACUGAGCAAGAGGAAGGCAGAGCUAAUAAAAGAGACGAAGGGCAAUUCGGAGCCACCAGCAAUAACAUUCGACAAAGAUGAUCCGGAUACUCUUGACUUCGUCGCAGCAGCCGCUAAUAUUCGAUCCUAUAUUUUCGGCAUUGAGAAGAAGUCAAGGUUCGAUAUCAAGCAGAUGGCCGGCAACAUCAUUCCCGCCAUUGCUACCACAAACGCGAUAGUGGCUGGCCUAUGCGUCCUCGAGUCAUUUAAGGUUCUCAAGGGUGAAUAUGAAAAGGCGAAGGAGGUCUUCUUGACACCCGCCGGUCUGCAAAGACUGUUGGCACCAGAUCGUCCCCGAAGACCGGACCCGAAUUGCCCAGUAUGCAGCGUGUACCGCUUAAUCGUUUACGUUGAUCUGGCAUAUGCAACCCUCGAUGACCUGAUAAAUGGGUUCGUGAGGAAGCAACUGGGCUAUGGGUCGAAAGAUUUGGCAGUCAGCACCGAGGCAGGUGUCGUCUAUGACUCUGAAGAGGAAGAUAAUCUCCCAAAGAAACUGAGAGAGCUGGGUAUCGGGCAAGACAGUUUCAUUACUGUUGUGGAUGAAGACGACGAUGACACUUUUGUCAAUGUGAUUCUCAGCAUCCAUCAAGCGACCGAGCCUCUAGGGGAUAAGCACAUCAAGGAUUUGGAGCCAGACAAGGCCCCAGAAAUCCCGCGCAAGCCCAAGAAGGUACCUGCAGUCGAAAGCGUGGUAGCUAGCCAGACGAAUGGCAAGACCCAUGCACUCGAUGAAGAUCCCAACGAUGGCAACAACAAGGACCUUAAACGAGCUCGACAGGAUGACUCGGAAAUAGUUCGGUUGCCCAAGAGACUAAAGACAACUACUCAGUCCCGUGGCGACGAUGUUGUGAUAGUUGACGACGAGUCCGGCACGGGUGCUAUCGUCAUUGAUGAUUGAUUCCUCAUCAGAACUUGCCGUGCGGCCCGAGAAGAUGGGCUGUUACGUUGCGCUCAAUCCUCCGUCUAGGUUUAGGACGGUGUUGUGUGCGUAUGGAUUCUUGGCGAGGAAGGCAGCGGCAUCGGCCACCUCAGCAACCUUGCCUAAGCGACCCAUGGGAAUAAGGGCUUUGAGGUCGUCAUCGCUCAUAGCUACCCGCGAGGUUUGUAUAUUAAUAUCGCUAUGCUUUACCAGGAACUAGGAUCGAUAGAUAGGAAACCCGUCUAGGAAUGGCCAGGUUGAUUGGGAUGGAUAUCAGGGACGAGCAAACUCACACUUUGUCAUGUCAGUCUCGAUAUAACCGGGUAAGAUGACGUUGGCCCGAAUACCGAAUCUGCCAGCCUCCCAGGCUAGAGCUCGCGUUAGACCUACAUGCUCGGAGUGAGUAGAUAGCUCAAUCUGGCAGGAAAAUUCAUCAGGGCCGAGACGGGAAAAAUGCAUACUGACUACACCGGCC